UUCUCGGGCUCUCAACUGAUGACCAUGGCGCUUUUUUUUUAUAUAUAAUGUCGUCUUUGACGCUUCAAUUCCUUUAUAACUGGUCUCUUCGUCCUCCUUCUCUACCCUCCCCUUUGGCUUCUCUGUAAAAGCGGUGGGCUUAUUAUUAUUAUUAUUAUUUUCUUUUUUUUUCCUCUUUGGAUUGCAAAGGAAAAUGGGGCUGGACGAUCAGGUCGAGAAAAUGCAGAUGCGUCAGAGUUACACGAAUCUCUGGCACACCGAUCUCAUGAGCACCGUCGUUGCCGAUACUCCUUAUUGCUGUUUCGCACUGUUUUGCGGACCAUGUGCAUCGUAUACGCUGCGCAAACGAGCUCUUUACAAUGAUAUGUCAAGGUACAUGUGCUGUGCUGGAUAUGUACCAUGUAGUGGUAAAUGCGGGGAAAGUCAUUGCCCUGAACUGUGUCUUUGCACUGAGGUCUUCUGUUGCUUUGCCAAUUCAGUUGCCUCAACUCGCUUUCUAUUGCAAGAUGAAUUCAACAUACAGACUACACAAUGUGACAACUGCAUCAUUGGAUUCAUGAUGUGCCUGCAGCAAUUGGCAUGUAUAUGUUCCCUAGUUGCUUGCAUAACUGGCAGCGAUGAAAUUAGAGACCUUGCGGACAUGUUGUCUUGUUUGGCUGACUUGGCUUUUUGCUCAGUUUGCCCAUGCAUUCAGACCCAGCACAAGGUCGAAAUGGAUAAAAGAGAUGGUAUGUUUGGGCCACAGGCUAUUAUGGCAGUGCCUCCGAUGCAGCAAAUGUCACGUAUUGAUCAGCCAACUCCUCCAGCAGUGGGCUAUCCACCACAGCAGGCGUAUGCACCUUACGGCCAACCUCCGCCCCCUUAUUUUCAAGGUUACCCUCCUGCUGGGUACCCUCCACCUGCAUAUCCACCACCACCACCACCUGGUGCUUAUCCUCCAGCUCCUAGUUAUCCUCCAACCGGCUACCCCAAAUGAAUUGGACAGAGAUGCACAGUAAGAAAGUAAUAUUUACUUACUGCCCCAUUUAUAGCCAUAGCAUUUUACUGUUUAGCAUUUGUGUUUAAGGUUGUGCAGUAAUCAUAUGUGAAAUAGCUCAUCUUAUUCAGAAAUGGAUAAUCUGAGACGAUAAAUACAGUUUAUUCAAUAUACAGUUUGUACCGUCUAUUGUUGAACCAAUACCAAUACAAAAAAG